UAGCUACAUUUUCCGCUGGAGAGAGUUUGCAUGCCUUUGUUGAUUCUACAAAAUAGCAGUAGAAUUUUGGCCACUCACGCGGCUUCCCUGAAAAGGUGGGUAAUUUCUUCGGCCAUACCUGUCUAGCUGCAAUGUGGUUGGCGUUAGGCCUCCAUUCUAAAUCAGCUGCCUUGUCCUCGCGCGGUACUUCGGAACCUUUGUAUUCUAGUUGAACCGGCUUAUCGCUAGAACAGGCUUGCGGUUCGAAAAGCUCCGAUUGGCGCCGCACCCACUCCGCUGCUUUAGAAGUGCCACUUAUGCUGGAACCACUAAAAUUACUCCCCUCUUCGAGAUCAUUCCUCUGCGUUUCGUGCUGAAGCUCUAAUGCGGCCAACUUGCAUUUUAUUUCGGCUUCUGCCAUCAAUUUUUCUUUUUCGGCCAAUAAGAGUUUGACCUGCAGGUCUUGCUCUCUCACAAGACGUUCUAACGCCGAAUGCUUCGAAGACGUGGAAGAUCGUUCGUGCUUGGCAAAAUCAGCCUUGCCGGGAGCGCGGGAUGAGCAUGGAUCGUCGUUGAUGAUGGGAGGUUUAUAUUCGCGUCUGCCGAUUUCUGUCCUAGCCGCAGCUUCGCGGCGUUGGCCAGCCUUAGCCGCCAUUAUCCUCUCACUCUUAGGGCGACGACCUUUCGCUGCUACCGCGGUUGCGGUUCUCUCGUCUGAUUCACCUUGAACGUUUACUGCAUUUUCGCGAUCGCUCGCUGCACAGUCGAUCUUCGCUUCUUCGGACAUUUCACUGCACUAUCUCACUUAAAAAGUUUGUCUCACAAACAAGGUUAUCCGAUAGUCUUUACUUUUCGCACAAACGUCCGAUAAAUUUCACUGUUCGAGUAAGUUAAAGCUUGUUAGCACCCGAAUUUUCGCGCUAGUGAAAAGUUUAUUAGGAGCUCAGGAAGUAAGAAAAUUCUUAAUACUUUUCUAAUUUUUCGAUUUUAUUUUCACUUCAAAGAACACCUUUAACUUGUUUCCUGUUCGCCUGUCGUGAUGCUACUCCCUGGCAAAUGCAAUGGCGUAAAACCCAAAACUCCCAUUUCCCGAACCAGAGGUCAUUCGACCCCGAGACCCGAACCUACUCUCUCCUGACCUCUAGCGGUGGGUUUCGCAACCAGACGCGAUCGGAAGAGUGCUGUCAAUGCUGACUGACAGCUUACUUAUCGUUUGUUUAUAUCGUAAACCGUAGCAACACAGAUAAAACAACAAUCAUUGGUAAACUACGGAGUAGUUUUGAGCUGGAGUAUUUAAAACAAACAACAACAAAGGAAGUAAAGUGGAAAGAUGUCAGAAUUAUGAUCGAUCAAACAUUUAUCGAAUCCAUUGUGGCCAUAACACACCAUUCAAUAUCUGAAGAAAUCGAAUACUAUGAAGCAAUUGAUGUGGUUAUUCAGGAAUUUUAUGAUAAAUUCAUGUUAGUAUGUGGAUCUAUGAAUGAGACAGAGCUUUCGAAGAAGAUCUUUGAUAUAAUGCCGACAUGGGUAAGCAAUCCCAAAGGUACAUACAACGACCUGCACAGUAUGCUAUUUGAAAGUAUGGUCAAAAGAAAUAUUAAAACUUGGGUGGAUAUUAAACAACAAUUCAUUGAAACAAAUACAAAUGAAAUGUUUAACAAAGUUCAAACAUUUACCAACCAAUAUCUUAGUUCACUAUACAUAAAAUAUUAUUAUGUAAAUGUAAAGUCCACUUGUCUUCAAGAAACAGCAUUGAAUGAUUUUAUGAGAAGUACAUUUGGUGAUGUUCAUCGGUAUCGUUGUUCAACAAAUUUGAAAUUGAAUUGUUUAAUUGUAUCCCAAACUUUAGCGUUGCAUCAGUAUCAAUGUCUGUUUGUGGACAGUUCGUUAUCUCACAUUAAAGAGAAUUUUUGUGAUGUGAUUUGUGAACUGGUGGAAUUCAUUGCUGCUGUUGAGCUAUCUGCUAUAUACAUUAUAACAAUCCUUGGUCAACAGGAAAACGUUGUCCUUAAAGCAAUUAAGAACUACGCAAAGACGUACAAGACGAAAAUAAUCAUAGUGGAAGAACCAACGGACGAAGAUCCGACCGAAGAUCGUUUAUUUGUUCGUGAUCUUACGGACGAAGCAAGGGAGCAACUAUUUGUGCAUAACUUGAAGCUUUCAGGAACGACAAUUGCGCUAAAAGGAAUUGUGCGAGGUGAUGAUAGUUUGUGCAUGUUAUUGAGUGUUUUAGAAAACUAUCACGCUACCAACAUGCCAUCAAAUGGAAAUUCAAAUCUAAACAACUUCGAAAAAAUUAAGCCGUGGUAUAUUCCACGUUCUUGUGUACCAUACUCUGAGGAUAAACAAGAUGUUGAACAGUAUUUAGUCGAGGAGGAAAUCACUACGGCAAUGCUACAACCAAUUAUAUCGCAGAAGAAUAUAACGAGCCAACUUCCUAUUGCUUUCAACCGUGAAGACAAUGUUAAAGUUCAUAUAUUUUUAGAUGAUGCCGGUUAUGGAAAAUCCACCUAUUUCACAUGGCUGGCAUCAGCGUUGUCGCAGGACAAUGAAUCGUUGUAUGUUAUUCGAAUGAACGCAUUACAAUAUUCCAAUAUUUUCUUUGAACUACAUGACUUGGUUCCUCACACCCUCGAUGAUACGAAAGUAAUCAGAAUCUUUUAUCAUCUAUUGCAAAUGACCCUGUUUUUUAAUAAUGUUGACAAUAUUCGAUCGACAAAAGAAACGAAAAAGAGACAGAAAGCUGAUCACAUAGUAGAGUUUUUGAUGGUUUCAGAUGGAAAAAUUGCCCUUGAUGAAGAAUUGAUCAGGUUAUCAAAAAUAGCUUUAGAAGAACUAAUACUGCUACGGGUGUUUCAAAGAAAGUUUAAUGAAAAUAAAUUUGUUUGUUUGCUUGAUGGCUUUGAUGAAAUAGCACCCCAUUAUAAGGAUUUUGUUAUGAAAUAUUUUGCAAGAUUGUCUACUUUCGAUGGUAUGCGAAAGCUAUAUCUUUCGACUAGACCAUACAAUUUUCGGGAUGAAUUGAAUCACGUUUUCUCUGGUUGUAUGAUGUGGCGGCUUGAGCCGUUUUCUCAAAGAGAUCGAAUACAAUUUUUAAACAAUUAUCUUCAGUAUGAAAUAAAGAACCACAAAAUAAGCAGCGAAAUCCAUAAAAUACAAAUUUUACAAACUGUGUAUUUGCUUGCAACUAACAGUAUACAAGAAUUAAAAAUCAUUCCACUUUUUAUCGAUAUGGCCGCCAAAAUUUCACUGUUAAAAAUAAACCAUCUCUUAAGCGUUGAACAACAAACAUUAUCUACCAAAAUAUUUGAGCAAACCAAGUUCGAUCAAUUGCAAGCUAUACGCAGUUUUGUUGAAGAAAAAUUUAACAUAUUAAACAAUAAAAAAGCAGGAACAAAGGGCUUUGCAUCCAAAACUCCCAUUCAAAGAGUAAAAAAUGCUGCAGCUAAUAGAGAAAUAGAACGAAGGCAUAACUUGUUGGCCAUGUUAGUCAUGUUUGGUAAAGAUGUCAUAACUAAGCUGUUGACCGUUAAAGAACAACAGGAAGCUAUCGAGUUCAUGCGGGAAGUUGCUCAAGGCAAUGAGAAGACUGGCAUCAUUCGAGAAGUGCGGGAUGAUGUUCCACAGUUUAUUCAUCGCAUAUUUGCGGAAUACUUUGCAGCCUGUUGGUUGUACAAAAACAUACCAACUAUGAACACCGAGAGUUUUUUUCGUUCGUGGUCAUUUUGGACUGCAGAGCUAUAUCGGACUCGAGAUUUUCUCUACCGAAUGAUCAUAGAAGACAGUGAAAGACGUGAUAUAUUCAUGGCAGUGAUAAACCAAACAGAACAGCAGGUUCGAGAGUUACUUUCCAAGAAUCGAUCGAUAGCACUCGUGAAGGAUGCCGCUGGUCGAUUACCGCUUCAUGUAGCAUUAAUGUACCCAUCAGAAGAAAUUAAACAGCUGCUUAUAAAGCAUAUACCACUUGAGUACAUCAAUACAACCGAUAAACUUUUCCACAUGACUGCUUUAGAGUACGCAUUUGCGAUGAGACACAGCACUGCAGUUCAAACUUUACUUGCUGCUGGAGCGGUAUUGAAUGAAGGCACCUUGCAUCAACAGGUAUUGUCGAACAACUUAAGAGAUAUGUUAAUAUUUGCGCAUGAAAUAAGUGUAUGUUUAAAAUCUUUUGGUGAUACUAAGAUGAUUGUAAGGAAACUAUAUCGUGUUCUAGUUGAAUAUUUGAUAAAUGUGAAACAUCUUGACAUUAUUCUGUCUUGUCAUAAGGAGCUGGACUCUUUGACAGUCUUAGAAUACUGCUCAAAACGUAAUAUGAUCGGAUUAUUUAUGCAAUUUUUAUCAAUAAAAUACAUUCGGAAGAACAUUUCAACACAAAACACCAAUAAACUAUUGCAAAUAGCUUCUGAGAAUAAAGCAUAUGACAUUAAAGCAUAUCUAACCGACCAUAUAAAUCAGCUUCAUCCCCAUAUCAAAACUGUAACUGAGCUUAUUUCUGCCAUAAAAUCUUCAAUCAAACAGAAUCACCACUACUUAUUUAAACUUAUUUUUACCAAAUUAUGCUUGCAACGUAAGAUUAAUUUGGUUGUAGAUACAGAUACUGUCAUAGAAGACCUUGACUCAGGUGAUGGCAACAUACCACUAGUAGGCAAAGAUCAGUAUCCAAAGAUUUGUUGUGUAAGGAGUUCUGAGAAUGUUCGAAUACCGUUGCCUGAGUAUGAUGAGAAAGAUAUUCUGCAUGAAGGAUAUCUUGUUGAAGCUCUUCUAGCUGAAGCAGUACAUGAGGGUAACUUGCAGAUAGUCAAAUACAUUGUGCAGAAAACCAACAUGGCCAUUACAAAUAGACUCAUUGUGAAGGUGAUGAGACUGUUACCGAAGGGAGAUGAGGUUUGUCAUGACAAGUCGAUGUCUGCAUUCACAUAUCUUCUCGAAAGAACGACCGAUUUGGAUAGUGUCGACGACGAGGGCCGUAACCUUCUUCAUAUGACGGCUCAGAAUGGUUGUUUCUUCAUGCUCUGUUGUUUAAUUGGUAAAGGAUAUGAUCCAAGAGGCGAAAAUACCAGAAAUGGUUGGAAUGUGUUUCAUUACGUUGCUUUCGAUCAGGAUGAGAAUCGUACUGAAAAAAUAUUGGAAUUCUUAAUGAUGAAAUGCAAUAUUAAUUGGUUUAAUCAUUUGGAUACCAUGGUUGAUCCAGAAAAGUGUUCAGCGAUCAUUUAUGAUUCGAACACUGCAGUUGAACAUCGAAACACGCAGAAUAGAAUACGACUUGACAAACAACAUUAUGCUUUGUUAGCCAUGUCCGUUAUAUUCAAUAAAGAGGACCUAACCAAGUUGUUGUCCGAUGAGGAACAACAGGAAAUUAUCCAAUUAAUGCGAAAUGUAGCUCAGAGCAAUCUAAAGACCGUUGUCAUUCGAGAAGUUCGGGAGGGCGUUCCUCAAUUCACUCAUCGAGUAUUUGCUGAAUACUUUGCAGCCUGUUGGUUGUACAAAAACAUACCAACUAUGAGUACCGAGAGUUUUUUUCGAUCGUGGUCUUUUUGGACUGCAGAGCUAUACCGGACUCGAGAUUUUCUCAACCGAAUGAUCGUAAUAGAUAGUGAAAGACGUGAUAUAUUCAUGGCAGUGAUAAACCAAUCAGAACAGCAGGUUCGAGAGUUACUUUCCAAGGAUCCUGCAGUUGCAUUCGUGAAGGAUGCCGCUGGUCGAUUACCGCUUCAUGUAGCAGUGACCUAUAGGUCAGAAGCAGUUAAACGUGUUUUGAUUGAUAAGUUGUCUCUUCAAUUGAUAAAUACAAAAGACGAGUUUUUUCAGUGGACCGCUAUUGACUACGCAUUUGCUUCGAGGUUUAACACAACGUUAAAUACUCUGUUAGCUGUCGGUGUGACAGUGAAUGAAGGCACCUUACUUCAACAGAUAUUGUCCAACAACUUAAGGGUUUUGUUGAUUAAUGCGCACAUCUACGGAUUAUUGUUAAACUAUAGUCAACAUUUCACGAUGGUUGCGAAACGUCUGCACAUGCGUAUAGUUGAGUAUUUACUUAACGUAAGGCAUUUCGAAGUUGUCAGUCACAGUGAGGAGCUUGAUAAUUUGACAGUGCUAGAGUUUUGUUCGAAAUAUGAUAUGAUCGUUGUAUUUAAACAACUCGUGUCUCAAAUGAAAAUUAAUGGAAGUAUCAGUAAUCAGUUGUUAAAAAUAGCUGUGGAAAAUAAAGCAAAUAAUAUUUGGAAAUAUUUAAUCGAUGCGUUAAAUAGGUAAAAUUCUAGAUGCAUACUGUACACAAAAAGAUGUACGAUUUAUCUGUAUGUGUUUUAUGUACGAAGUUAUUUUGUCAUAAAUAUCUUUCAACUGUAAGUAAUGCAAUAAAUAAUAU